AUGGCGCCGAUAAAGUUCAGCAGAUAUUAUCAUGACCUCAAAACAACAAACCCUGAUGAGUGGGCGUUUCGCAGGGCAAAUGAGCGCUCACACGCCGCACGAGUUGCUCAUGAUCGCCGCCGGAAGAAGCAAACAAAGUCUGAAGCACUUUCCGAGCCUGCUGAGAUUGCGCUGGCACCACAACCGUCGACAUGCAUACUUGACCCAUUCGUCAGACUUCCCACCGACAACAUAACGACAGCGGACAAAGGUCUGUUGCAUUCAUAUCUAGUCACCAUCCCAUCACAAUGGCAGACCAAUGCAUACGCCGGCACGGGUUCUGUGCGGGAGGUGUCCUUACACCAUAUCUGUAACAACGAGAUUGUCUUGCAAUGGGUGCUCCUACUGGCCGAAUCCCGUAUCUCGAACUCGCCACUCCGCGACCGAUCACAGCACCGACGGCGCCAGCGUGUAUAUCGCACGAUGCGCCACGCCGCAAUAACAGCAGACGUCUGGGACGACAAUCUCAUUUAUGGCGUCUGCUUCGCCAUCAUGACAGAGUAUCGAGUUGGUAGCAGGGAUCGGGCACAGGUGCAUCUGCAAGCAUAUCGGGCGAUUUGUGCUACUCGACAAGGAUUGAGCUCGACUGAAUCAGUAAAGAAGGGACCAAGCUUCAUGAACGCAAUGCUUAUGAUGUAUGACGUUGCAGCUUGCAGACCAAUGCUACGAUGCAAGAGCGGCGCCUCGCCCGAGGAGGACGCUGUGAGCCGGCACAUUCCAGAGCCACUGAAAGCUAUGGGAGCACACUGGCGCGAGCGCAGGACGAUGCGCCAGCUUCGCCGGCAAGUGAGCGCCAAUCAGAUCAAUGCUUGGUCUGAUGAGAUCACAUGGCAACACCAGCAGAGUUCGGACUACGUGGGACCAACACCCUUCACGAACCUCCGCCAAGCUCUGAAAUACUGCAUCACCGACAACAGCCACACCGACUCUCGCAGAUGUCUUGGAAUCCUCUUCACCCUCAAUCUCUUUCUCUGCUGGGGCCAUGACUUCUCUGACCUACAAGUCCUUGACUUCUUCCGCAAACUGGAUCAGCGAUUGUCUGCGGCUCUUGCUGGACGGCAUGUACACGAUGAUGAUCAGCACAGCAGGAGCGACACACUCGCAUCCAGUUCGGGCUUUGCUUCCGGCUCUGCCUACGGCGUAUCUCCGAGCGCCAACGACGUGCCAGCGACAACUCUCGUCCCUCUGCUGCUGUCCGUGACGGAGGGACUCAUAAGGGAAGCAGCUCGCGAGUCGUCGGCCAAAUACGAGCUGGUGUUUGUGUGGGAGGUCUUGCGGAUGCUGGAGAUACUUGUGAGGCUUGAUGGCGUGCGAGUGGCGGGGUCGGGAUCUGUACUGGCCGAGUCAAGGGAGUAUCUGGGAAGUUCCUUACUGGGCGUCUUGGAUGAUGAGGCGGACAUAAUCAGGGCUGAGGAGGAGAAGUUCUUGAGUCGGGCGGAGACUGGCCUGGGGAAGGGAGGCGGAGGAGAGGCAUUAAGUGUGGACCUGGGUGUUGAGAAAGUCAUUUCACACUUCAACAGCAACAGCAUAUGA